GCGUACGUGUGUGUGUCACGACGUUUGCGAAGUGGCCGGGAAUUGGCCUGGUGACACGGGCUUCUCUGGAUACCGCCAGUAGUGGCUGGCGGGAUGUAGGAGUGUCCGGCGGCAGUCGGGAGAAUCUGGAUGUGGAAGUGGGAACGGCGGCUCCAUCAAAUUCGACUGCAGGCCUCGGACCCUGCAGCGGCUGCAGCCCGGGGAUGUACUCCGGAAAUGUGAGCUCGGGUUGCUCGGUCUGAGUCUCCAGCGCCCACCAGAGUAAAGGCGCUGGCUUCACUGCGACCCGGUCGUGCCCAAAGUUCACUGCAGGCGCUUUUAGGAGCCCUGCAGCUCCGGACAGUGGGGGUGAGAUUCAGCAUAGGCAGCUCCAAGGGCUCUGCAUCUGAAGGUAGUGGUCGGCAGCCGGUCGGUUGGCAUUAAUCUUGGUGCCGUAUUAAUGGAGACCAGUGAGUGGGUCUCACUAUGAGUAGCAUGUUUUAAUCUGAAUGCAGCUAAGCAGGGUUUCCAUGUAGUCUUAUUAGAUCUCUCUCCUCUCUCCCCCAUGAGUUAAAUGUUAUUAGUCUUGUGUUUCAUAUUUUGCUCUAUAAGUAAUGGUCAUGGGAGAUUAAGAUGAACAGACAGGAAGACCCCGCUGAGCCUGACAGUGAGGCUGUCAGUUUAAUCCAGUAUGUCAGUGGGGUUGAGAUGUACGAACAAGGAUUGGAAAAUGAUCAAAUAGGUGCAGAAGCAGUUUUGCCUGAAGUUGGUGAUGGUGGUUCUUUAGAAAACCUUCUUGACAGCGGAGAUGCAUUUACAGGGCAUUAUGAUCAAGAUUUUUGUGAUGAAGGGACUGGUGAAGUUAUAGUGAGUAACGAUGUUAAUGGUGAACAGAAAAGGGUGGAUAAUGUGGAAUUAAAUAAUGCAAUAACUAAAGAAGUCAAGGAUUUGGUUAGUGCUGUGCACUUGUCAGAUUUAAAUGCAGAUCCUGAAAGAAAUUUGAUUGAAUUUGGUGUGAAAAACAUCAGUUUAGGAACUGACACAAUGGAUCAGACUUCAGACCUUGAAGGUGAUGAUGAUGAAGAAGAUGAUGAUCAUUGCCAGAUUAAAUUGCUUUCUGCUCAAUUGCGCCAACAUGAGCAGGCUGCAGUGAUUUUGGAGAACAAAAGAAAACUGACUUUCAGAUCACCAGUAGAUGGAAGGACUGAUUUAUCAUUUAGAGAAAGUGACAGACAACAGUUUGGUAUGAUUAACCAUCAAGAUAUUUUGACUGAUGUGAGCUGUGAACAUUCAACCUUACCUAAUGAAAAACUUAAAAGUUUAAAUAGGAAAAAAACGGAAGAUCUGGUUCAAAAUUGCAACAAGCAGACCCAAGAUAGCUGUCCAGGAAGAAUCUCUGGUUUUAAUGACCAUGCACCGUCUAAUAUACAGGGUGAUCUCACACCAGCAAAAACUGAAAGCAAAGAAACACACUCCCAAGAAAUUUGUGAAAGGUCAGAAGAGUCAUCUGGAAGUGACUUCGGCCGAACUAAGGAUAUCAUGGGAGGUUUGCACCUUGAUCAGCAAACUCCCGAUUUCUUGGAAAGCGAUGAUUUGGAAAUUGAAGAUUUUUCAAGUUCUUCUUUAGUAGGCCGUCUUUUACUUAGACAAAUGAUGCUGAAGGAAGACUGGAAGAAAGAAGGAGAAGCAUUGUCUUUAGCUGUUAAAGAACUGAAAGAAGAGGUUGAGUGUAUCAGCAAAUCCUUUUUGCCUGAGGAUGAUCCUGAGCACGUUGAUCCAUUAAGUCAAGGGGCUUGUCAUAUAAAAACCAAUGUCCAUGAACGAACACGAGAGACAAAGAAGAAAAUUUCCUUUCCUGCAUUUAAGGAAGUACAGGGACCCUGUGAGUCAGAGGAUCUCCUCGAUGGAAUCAUAUUUGCAGCAAGUUACCUUGGAUCAACCCAGUUAUUCUCUGAGAAAAAUCCAUCGACCAAUGUCCGAAUGUCUCAAGCACAGGAGGCAGUGGGGAGAGUAAAGGCGCCCGAAGGAGAGUCUCAACCAAUGACUGCAGUAGAUUUGUUUAUAUCAACACAACGAAUUAAAGUAUUGAAUGCAGAAACACAGGAAGCCUUGAUGGAUCAUCCUCUGCAGACCAUUUCGUACAUCGCAGAUAUUGGAACUACAAUAGUUUUCAUGGCUCGGCGACGACUACCACGUAAACCUCCAGAUCAAGAAAAUAGGAACUCUAUGGCAGGGAAACGAGAAUACAAGAUGAUAUGUCACGUCUUCGAGUCAGAAGAUGCAUCACUUAUUGCACAGGCUAUAGGCCAAGCUUUUACUGUGGCGUACCAGCAGUUCCUGAAUGCCAAUGGUAUUAAUCCUGCAGAUCUGAGUCCCAAUGAGUACAAUGAUUUACUCGAUACAGAGUUCUACAACGGUGACCUUGUACACUUUUCCAAAUCAGAGAAUUCCAAAGAGGUGCAUAUUGAAAAAGCGAAAGGUGAGAUCCUUGGCCUAGUGAUAGUGGAGUCAGGCUGGGGCUCGAUCCUCCCUACUGUGGUGAUAGCCAAUCUCAUGCAUGGUGGGCCGGCUGAGCGGUCAGGAGAGUUGAACAUUGGCGAUCAGAUCAUAUCUGUGAAUGGUACCAGCUUAGUUGGCCUGCCUCUUGCUACUUGCCAGAGCAUAAUCAAGGACUUGAAAUAUCAAUUUGAAGUAAAGCUCAAUAUUGUUCGCUGUCCUCCAGUCACCACUGCAAUCAUCAAACGACCAGAUCUGAAGCAUCAGCUGGGAUUUAGUGUUCAGGAUGGGAUUAAUUCUGCUCUUUAUUCAAAGUUUGGACCAGGAUUUUGGUCAGGUUUGACGCAGCAUGGUCCUAAUGAACUCCAGCUACAAUUGAUCUACAGCCUCAUGAGAGGUGGAAUUGCGGAACGAGGUGGAAUUCGAGUUGGACACAGAAUCAUUGAAAUAAAUGGACAAAGUGUUGUGGCAAUCCCACAUAACAAGAUUGUACAAAGAUUGUCAAAUGCCACUGGUGAAAUUCACAUAAAGACAAUGCCAGCUGCAACUUACCGAUUACUAACUGGACAAGAGCAACCAAUAUACAUAUAAAGAAAGAAUUAUCAUCAUUAGCCAGCUGAAACACUUGUGGUAUCCAUGGAGUCCACGUGACACUGCCUGCUUUGUUGUGCCUCAAUAAUAUCGACACACAAUUCUUAAGUGGCCUAUUGAAGACGACUUAACACAACCAUUCCACUCUGCACUAAAUUGGCUGUGGCAAGGAGCCAGGAGCUGCAGCAUCACAUGAGGCCAGUGUGUAAGGGAAAAUAAAUUAACCUUUGAUGCAGGCUUGGCAGCAUGCCAUGCAUCAGACUUAGCACUGAGUACAAGGUGGCACUGUUUUUCACCAAGAAGAUUUUGCACAUUGCUUCCUACAUAUCACCAGCUUAAACUAGAUAUUUCAUGACAACUGCAAGUGGCUUUCCUGUUUUAUUUGAAUGGAAAGCUGCUGGAUUUAUUUUACUGGCAAGGGCAUAAACUUAAUAUUUUAAUUAUUUAAAAGAAUAUCACCAAGGUAUUAAGCAGACCAGUGUGCCAUAUGGAUAAUUUUUCUGAAGGGUUAGGGAGGGGAGGGAAGAAGCUAUGGGCAAUGGUUUUGGAGAUGAAGUAGUUGUUGACCUGAGCCUUGGUCUGGAAUCUAUUCUGCAUUGUUUGUGAAAGGUGCCAUUCCAUCCUGUGACUGCCUGGCACAGGGAUAUGAGGUUCAGCUGCUGUUUUACUCUAUGUAUACCAAAUGCAAUUUACUAUUUUCUGUACAGAUCUCGCUUUUAAAAAGUCAGAAAUCAUGCUAAAUCAUGCCUCUGCGUAAGGAGAUGAAAAAUCAGCCUGAGGAUAUUGCUUCUGUUUGCCAUUUACUGAUUCUUGCAGAGAAGUGCAUGUGUAAUUAAGCAGGAGGAAGAGAUUGUGCUUAUUUGAAUUACCUGCUGACCAUGUGCAUUGCAGAGACUCUGACAAUACCUCACUUAGAAAUUCAUGCCUUUGGUGCCUUGUAAACUACCAUUAUGCUAGCCAUAAUUGCCAUGCUUGGAGUGUUUAUCAGGGAAUAUAACGGAAUAAAAUGCAUUAAUAAUUGUAUUGUGUUUUGUAUAGCCAUAAGGGUUAGCUGAGAGGUUGCUGAUCUUUUACAGGCUACAGGGUCAUCAGUUGACUAAUGCUAAAUUGCAUAUUCUUGGCUCAAUUGAGCAAUAGGGGUGGAGAACUGAUGGGUUAUAUGAGAUAAUGACUAGUUUAGGAGGGGAUUAAUCAGCCCAGGGCUUUUGCACUUGUUUAUUAUCACAUAGCAUUCUGGAAAAUGCAUGUGGCCAAAGAUAUCUCCCAUUCGCACUCACUAUACAAGGUUCUUGCGUCUAUGGAAAUAAACUCCAGCGAGACUCUCCAUCUUCAUACAAGGAAGAGAAGAGGUUGAGGGCAGGAUGGUUCUGCAGCCCUCUGCACCCAGAAAUUUUCUCUAUAGCUGUAAUUUGUCUCUUCUAUUAUUGUAAGCUGCAAUGAUUAGUAUUUGAGCCAUGUAGUAUGUAAUCAUGCAAGUUGCCUUUUCUGUAUGGGUCUGCUCUGAAUUCUUCCAAUUGAAUGUGCUAUUACCAUCUGACAUUUAGUUAAUGGAAUUGAGAGGACUUGAGGCUCUGACACAUCAAGCAUUUGUCUAAUGCAGUGCUACCUUUGGCUGGUUCUUGUUAACAUCUUUCAUUGCAAUAAAGUUAUUGUGGCAUAUAUGCAUUAACUUAGUAAAAUGAUGGAUGGAUUGUGUUUCCAUAUUGUCAAUGAAAAUAAUAUACUCAACAUGCUGGAAAUCAGAAAUAAAAACA